GGUCCUAAGAGGCAGCGGCUGGUGUGGCCGGGGACGGUGAGUACGCGGGAGAACUACAACUCCCAUAGUGCCCCGCGCGGCGGGGACAGGAAGUGCCAUGCUGACGCGGUGACCGUGGCAACGGUGGUGGGGACGCCAUGGGGCAGGACUACUACGCCGUGCUGGGGCUGCGGCGGGGCGCCACCGGCGCCGACAUCGCCCAGGCCUAUCGGAAGCUGGCCUUGAAGAACCAUCCUUUAAAAUGCAAGGAGCCCUGGGCGCCGAAGAGGUUCAGGCAGCUGGCAGAGGCUUACGAUGUGCUCAGUGACCCUAUGAAGAAAGGCAUCUAUGACAAAUUUGGAGAAGAGGGUCUCAAAGGUGGCAUCCCCUUGGAGUUUGGCAGUGAUAACCCAUGGACUGUCGGCUACGUGUUUCACAACAACCCUGACAAAGUCUUCAAGGAGUUUUUUGGUGGAGACAACCCUUUUGCAGAAUUCUUUGCUGAGGAUGGCUCAGAGUUGACCCUGCCCUUCGGAGGGCUGCGAGGACGAGGAAUGGUAAAGCAAGACCCCCCAGUCGUGCGGGAUCUCUACCUCUCUCUUGAAGACCUAUUCUACGGCUGCACCAAGAAGAUUAAGAUCUCCCGUAGGGUGAUGAAUGAAGAUGGUCAAACGAGCACUAUCAGAGAUAAGAUCCUAACGAUUGACGUGCAGCCAGGGUGGAAGCAGGGCACCAGGAUCACCUUCGAGAAGGAGGGGGACCAGGGCCCAAAUGUCAUUCCAGCUGACAUCACCUUUGUUGUCCAAGAGAAACUUCACCCGAGGUUUAAAAGAGUUGACGACAACCUCAUUCAUGUCACCACCAUCCCCCUGGGAAAGGCGCUGAUCGGCUGCACAGUGGAUGUGAGAACGCUGGAUGGGAGGCUGCUGAACAUCCCCAUCAAUGACAUCGUGGAAACCCUAAACCCCAACCCACCGUGCAAUGGAGAAGCAAGGCUCCUACACAACAAAUCCCAGCCUGCCGACAAAUGAGACCAGCCACAGUCUGUGACCUGCAAGAACCCCGGAGAGGGGCCCAUGAGAUAUAAACCACAUUUUUAAGCAUUUUAACAUCAUCCUUGGUUUGCGUGCAUCCUCCCAGCAGUCUGGUCUCCUCCCAGACCUUACAGCAGCACUGAAGACAGAUGAUUUCAGCGUACAAACUCGCCUUUCUCCCCAAGUAGUUUAGAACCAGGUCAUGCCCCUGAAGCACCAGGAGACAGAUGGGGCUGCAACUGCCUUUAGAGGCUGAAGCAAGGUGUGCUAUUUUAGGCCCUGCUCAUUAGCUGCUGGGCCAGGAAGGUCUCCCAGGGAGCGGGGUUUGACUUGGAAAGUUGAUACACCAGUCUGGCCUUUCACCUACAUCGCUGGGCUGUUUCUCUGUCACUGCUGAGCUCAGCCUUGCUGGGCACUGUCGUGGUGGAAAGUUCUCCUAAGGUGAUCAGCUCUCCCCCAAGAGAAAUGGUGCCAGGGCCCUGUUCCUGUGCUCUCCCUGCUUUGAUGGGUGCUCUUUUAGGGGGGAAAUGACUUUUUUAAGAAUAAGUGGGUUUGGGAAUUUCCUGUGUUUUGUUACCUGCACUUUACAGGCUCAGAUAGGAGCACAUGGAGGAUUUGCCCUGCGAUAGCAUCACUUGGUGAAGAUCCUUAUGGGAAAACAGCACGUAGAUAAAAAAACACCCCCUGAUCUACACACCCUGGGUGUCUCUGUGGUUGCUAGAGCCAGUGCAAAGCACAAGAGGCUAAUUGCAAGCUAAUUGGGCAUCAGCUACAAUUUCUACAGACAUGACCAAGAGGGUCUGUAGCUACAGGCCAAGAUUUCCUAAAGGAUGGUGUUCCGAUACGCUGACCCAGCCUGCUCUUGCACAGCCACAUUUGGGACAGAUGGGUUAACACUCACAAAGACGAUGGGUUUGGUUGCUGGCUGGCUGGUUAGUAAAAAAGACAACAAGGAGUAGAACAGCUUGUGUGGUUUCAUGUUUAACAACAGUACAGAAAAGGUGUAUGACAACCUAUAAAUUCCUAUACCCUAAGUGCAACAUCCCAGUCUGUACAGCUGAUUGUGUAAAUCAUGUGCGUGGGACUGUGAAAGACUUCAAAACCUAUGUCCAGGAAAAUAGCUAUGGCUUGUAAUUCAAAACAGUGCCCACGUUUAUCACACUGAAAAAUAUAUGCUUCUAUUUAUGAGGAUUUCUGAGGAUCCUUGCUUUUUUUUUCUCCUAAUGCUGCUCAAGGAUAAUUUUUCUUAAACCAAAAUGUAAUAAGCUGAGAGAGAUUCAAUACAGACCUGGCAACAUUAGAAGCUUAAAAAACAGCAGUUUUUUGCUGUGCAAACCACCUCCCUUUGACAGUGCAUUCUGCUCAAGGUUGUCUAGAGACAACUGGGUCAGUAUCUUAUUCUUCCCACGCUGUUUUCUGUGCCAGCUAUGAAACAGCUGAAACUGUCCUGGCUGGGGAUGGGCAGUACAGCUCACGCUGGCUCUGUGCUGGUCCCUGAUCUCUGUACAGCAUUUAGAAGCAGUUCAUAGAGAAAAAUGCUCAAAGUGGAAGCUCAGAGUACUGGUUUCAGAGGCUCUUGGUUUCAGUGCAUCAAGCAGCGCUUGCUUCAACACCAGUUUUAUGUAUUUGCAAAGAACUGGUACAGACUGGCCUAUCCCUUGGCCCAGGAAGGUAACAAAAGUAAAAAAUCAAGGAAAUUCUAGUUCUUAAAGCUAAUACGCUGGCCGAAGAGCAGCUAUACAGUGCCAUGCUGAUCUCUGCACUGGUGCUGUACAUCACAAACUCUGCUCUUCUUCCAUCUGUGAGGAAGCUGUUUGACAAGUGCCCUGUCUGACGAGUGCCCUGUUCUACCCUGGAAGAGGCUACACCACUAAUAUACCUAAAAAAGGUUGUCUGCGCAACCGCAGGCAUGGGAAAAGCUCGCAGGAAACAACUGCCAUAUUAAAACAGAAGCAGGGUUAUGCUGUAGCAGUGGCUCUUUAUCAGAUUGCCUAAAUCAUCAAAUUAACCCUAUUUCCAAGAGUCACAAAACUGUGCUUCCUACCUCUCACAACUCCCCUUUCGCAGGCACUUGUGCACAGCAAGGAGCUGAGAGACAGGAACAUAUUGUGAAGGGAAAGGAGAAAUGUGGAUGGCUUUCACUGACCUAAAAGGACAUUUCUAGUGAAUUUGAGUGGGAGGAGUUGCAACUCAGAAGAGAAUGGAACAAAUGAUGUGGGAUAAGAUAAAGGAAAAGAGAACAAAAAUACCUUGAGAAUCCCAGAUCCACCAGAGAUGGCAGCACAGCUAUUUCUGUAGAAUUGAGAAGACUUUUUUUCAGAUUGCACUAACCCAGUGACCCAAAAUAGCUGUAAAAUCAUCUUACCCUGCUCAUAAGAAUUUUUAAAAUUGGUUCUGAAGAAGAAAUUAAGUGAGAUUUUCUCCUUUGUUCUCAGAGUUAACAAUCCAUUGGUACCGCAGUACUUCUCCUUGCCUCAGGUGAAGCCAAGGGCAUAUCACCGAGUAGCUCCUGGUAAGGUCAGGUCAACCAGAGAGGCUGCAGCAGAGCUGCCCCUCACUCACAUUUUGCCAUCAGUGCAAUUACAUACCUGAAAGAGCGCUAUACUCUACAAGGGAAAAUAUGACAGAAGAGCAGGUGUCUGCUGCCAUUAGAUGACAGUGAGGUGACGCAUAGCACUUUGUGCACUCCCAACUGCCAGUAAACGAAGUGUGCUUGGAAAACAUACCACUUGCAGGCUCUUUCAGGUAGAAGUGGCUAAAAUACUCCUCCUCCCAUUUUCAUCCCGCUGUGUCCUUUGCAGCAAUGCAGGGGGGUUAAGAUGCAUUUACUUAUCCCAUGGACCUUCCUAAAAAUGGACUUCCCACUGCAGGACAGGUUUAGCAGCUUUUCUUGCUGCUGUUCUACAUGCACAGGUGUGAACCAAAAUGGGAGAUGUUUAAAAGCACAGACAACACUCCCAUCUUGCAGAGACGAUCAGAAGCCUUAUGAAAUGCCAUUUGCAGGUUUAACUUCACUGACAGGUUUUGCAAUACGACCACAAGAAAGAGCUACACUUCUAUAGUUACCUUUGUAGUUAUUUCAAAGCUAUUUCUCUCUGAAAUAUGCAAAUUCCUUGCACAUAUAAUAUUUAGCAAGACAUCCUAGCCUGUAUUUUUAAGAUGCUCCUUUGAUACAUCAAACAGGCAGCUUCAAAACAUCCAAGUUUUAACCUUCUGCACAAUCUGAAAUCGUGUUUACCCCAUUCUCUGCCUCUGACCCAGGCACUGCCAGCUCAGACUACCACCUAAGCCUAAGUGGGCCUGUCCUGAGUUUCUCCGACACUGCCUUUAAGCCAACGCAGUCGCAGAUUCCAGCUAUCUGAUGCCCAGCCAUGAAGCACACACUUAAUCAGAAAUAUACAAGAGGAAAGAGGACUCGGGCACAGAAGAUCACGCUUUGCUUUGCUUUUCUUUUUAUAGAAAUGGCAGCGAUAAGGCAGGACACUUAAACCAGCCCAGGAUUAUCUAAAUGCUGGGGACUGGAGCAAAGCAAACUGAUUUAUUAGCAUUUAAUAGGUCUUGGGGGGAUGGCUUCUUUCAAGGUCAAAGAACUCUGGUAAGUGAGGCAGGAGAACAUUUCAUCCCCGCGGCUCAGCGAGUUUAAUGGCUGGUUUUGUUUGUUCGAAGUGAAAACAGAUCUGUGUCAAUAGGUUACAGCCUACACCCCUGGAGAGACCUUGCACCUACUUCUGCCUUCUGGACAGGAAAAGGUUUGUAUCAAAUCACAGACCACAGCCAGCAACUCCAAAACAGACAGGAAGAACACAGCCACCUUUUCUUCUUUUUCUGAUCAUGAAAACGAAAGCAAACGUCAGUAUUUCUGCUUAGCAGGUUAGGAGGACAAAUUAAAUGAGUAGAAGCCUUAUCUCUGUUUUCUGGGUAAACUGGGUAUGGAGAAAGAAGAGCUUUAGUGGCUGCAACUGAAAUGGCAGCAGAUGAAGAAGAAACAUUAAAACCAAGAAAGGAUGCUUGGACCGUUGCUUGCCAUCUGCACUUUCAAAACAGAUAAAAGCCUGUUAUUCUGAAUCUGCCUAAGACAGUGUUAAAACAGUGUUACUUCUAAUUUACACUGAAGGUAAAUCUCUAUAUAUACAGAAAUAUUCAUUAUUCUGAGUAAAACUGGUUUCCAUGUAAGUUUCUUAUCCUUUUGCAAUAUUCAUAGAGGUAAAGAAAAAAAAUCAAGAUAUUUUAAUGAAAACUUCAUUAACUCCCCAAUUUUCUAAAUACUUCCUCCUGCCUCGCAAAAAAACAGCUUCACGACCAGCUGACUGGGUCAACCCUGAAUGGCAGCGACCCUUAAUAUGCGUUUCCCAGUCAGUGUUUCAUUGGAAUCCCAUUGAAAUGUUUAUACUCUAGCAUAGGAUUGCCCCGAACCCUGACCAGAAUCAAUGCUGCAAUCUGAAACAACACACCUAGAGGAAUGACUUUUUUGCCAGGAAAAAUCAGCAAGGGUAUAUAAAAUAACAUGGAAUAUAUUUUUGCAGUAAAGGCAAAGAGGGAGGAGAAGGGAGGUGAGGGGCAACAGCCACAAAUAAGAUCUGGAUGGUAAUCCAGGCCACCUCCACCAUGGCUCUGACUCAUUUAGGAAACAUUUGUAGCUUUACAGUGAAUUUGAUACGGUGCUGGGUGCUGUGAAGUUCUGCCACGAACUUGGGUAAUUUUCCCAAGGUGGUAUCAGGUUACAGGACUGGAAAAGGACCAAGAGGAGAAAAGCACAAAGCCGCUGGCUGAACCUGAGGAGUGGCAGAAGUCAAACCAUGGCUGCGGGAUCAGACAGGACAGCAGGUCCAGCAUGGAAGAGGAGAGCUGGGAAGGACCUCAAAAACUGGAAGCCUAAGUGUUAUGUAGUAGAGAAAAAAGGUCAAAACCCUUCAGAUUUUGUGAGGAUCUGGAAAGGUGACCACAGCAUCCAGGCUGAGGCAUCCUCUCACGCCACUUGCAGAUCCACACGCCAUUGCAAGGUGAACUGAGAAAGCCCUUUUGUCUCACAGUGCUGCCAGCUCUUUCGACAUGACUCUGCUUCACCUCCUAAAUGUUUCUUCGUCAUUUUGUGUAGGAAAGCAGGGAAAGCAGGGAGUCAGACAAGACAGGGGGAGGUGGCAGGAACACCAGGGAGACCAGGACUGCAGUUUGCCAGCUGCAAUGUGUUCUCUAGAGGAGAACAGCUCGGAUUUCAGCCUCGCUGUCACACUCUGUUUGCUGAACUGUGCAGAAACCAAACAAAUCCAGAUUUAGAAACCGAUGUUCUUAAGGGUAAUUAAGAACAAAACUAUGAGAAAGCAGUUUUCAUGAACUAUUUUACCAUUGGCGUAAGCAAAAAACUUCUUGUUCUUAUACAGGGUUGACGCUGGGAACACCACAAGUCCUCUCUCAGCAGAAGCCUGCAAGUGCUGCUGCGAAGGAUUAGCUGUAGCUGAUCCUGGAAUUAAGCUGGUUUAAGGUCAGCUAUAUUCAAAUAGUGCCUUGCUAAUAUUCUUCCUAAUUAUUAAUCAAUGUCAGGAGUGUGUUUCUAGCCACUAAGCUUAGCAAUGCAGGGAAGGGGAAUUCAACUAAAGCUGAUAUUAAUAUUAAACCAUUGGUUUGAGCGACAAUUUGCAGAAUUUGCACAGAAAGACACGGUGCUUCUACAGGAAGAACGGGAAUUGACUCUGCAGAGAAAGGAAAAACCUAGAAGAGGGAGCAUCACAUUGAGACAGAGUGGAAAGGGCUAUCAGUGAUGGAGAGAAGGGAAUGUGGAGAAUUUAAAGGAAAUCCCAAAGGAGAAACACAUUUGAGAUUCUGCUCCUGAUUUAAACCAAAACAUUUAGACACAGCAUGAAAAGUAUGCUUAACAAGGGCUAAGACAGUGCAGUCUAGCCAUUAUAAUCAAGAUAUCUCUUAGGAUCCUUGAAAGCAUACUAUACCUAAGGCUCCUCUGAGAGAGGUCUGUACUUUCAUCAGGAACAAUUCUCAAGGGCUUUAGGGAAAGAUAACAUUGUGUAAAUCAGAAAAAAGCCCCUCAGUUUUACACCACAAACCAGCAAAAAGUCAGGUAUUUCAUCUGUGCAGUAAACAUGUUUAUGAAUUUAAAGUACUUUCCAUCAUUUCAGAGUGAUUAGACCCUGCCUGUUUCUGUUCUGAUUAAUUGAGCAAGCUGGUUCCAAUUACAUAAAUGUUCCUCAGAGAAUUUGUUUCAUAGGUCAUAAGGAGGGGAACCAAGGCAUUUUCGUUUUGCGCAGUGGUAAACAAGCAGCCCAGCUGGUGCUUGAACCAGACUCACAUCAACAUCCAGAGCAAAGCCAUGGCUGCAAAAGAAUAAGACUUAUACCUCAAAAUAACUGAGCCAUGAAAAAUAAAUAGUAAAUAAAUGUUUAUGCACAGAAAACCACCUAUGAAACAGCAGAAGCAAUCAACAGCCCUCCUGUGUGAGUAAAGACCACUCCAACUAUUCUACUAUUCCCUCUGUCGAAGAACAGUUACUCAAUACCUCUUAGGGAGGGGCUCUUUGCUGCGAACUCCCUGACUUCAUCCUGAUCUGAAAGAUACAAAUUGGAGCCCUAAUUACAAGUUACAGCUUGCGUCAUUGAAAUUAUGCACCUUACCUCACAUUAAAGCACGAAGAAGUGUGGAGUGAGCACCAGCUGCUUCCACUGAGCCCAGUGGUGAAGAGCACAUUUGCUAUUGUGCAUAGACAAACUGGUUAAAAUUAAUGUGUCAGUAUCACUGAUAAUGCAGCCAGGAAUGCUGAAAAUAUAUUUUCACAGAGAGGAGUAGUAUCAGAAAGAUUCUGCUUGACUUAAUUUGGCAACCAUCACCUCUAACCUGAGGCUGGCAGGUAAAGAAAUGGAGAAGUACUUUUAUUCUGGCUUUUAUGAACGGACUCUGUUAAGCCAGGACAACGAAGGAAAGGC